GCCUAUCGCCUCCUCCGGCGGCUUCCGGCGCGGCUCCUCAGAGCGAGUGGCGGGGAAGUCAUGGACCGCAACCCUUCGCCGCCGCUGCCCAGUCGGGAUGAGGAGGAGGAGGAGGGUGCUGGGGGAGACUGCAUAGGGAGCACGGUCUACAGCAAGCACUGGCUCUUCGGUGUCCUCAGCAGACUCAUUCAGAUGGUUAGCCCUGAAAACCCCAAAUCCAGCUCAGACGAGGAGGAGCAACAGAUGGAGCUUGAUGAAGAAAUGGAGAAUGAAAUUUGCAGAGUCUGGGAUAUGUCCAUGGAUGAGGAUGUGGCUUUAUUUCUCCAAGAAUUUAAUGCCCCUGACAUAUUUAUGGGAGUAUUGGCCAAAUCCAGAUGUCCUCGAUUAAGAGAAAUCUGUGUGGGAAUUUUAGGUAAUAUGGCCUGUUUCCAAGAGAUCUGUGUGUCCAUCAGCAGUGAUAAAAAUCUUGGACAGGUGUUACUGCACUGUUUGUAUGAUUCAGACCCUCCUACUCUGCUGGAAACAAGCCGGUUGUUGCUUACUUGUCUUUCCCAGACAGAAGUGGCCAGUGUCUGGGUUGAAAGAAUCCGGGAAUAUCCAGCUAUUUAUGAUAGUAUUUGUUUCAUUAUGUCAAGUUCAACAAAUGUUGACUUGCUGGUGAAAAUAGGGGAAGUUGUGGACAAACUUUUUGAUUUGGACGAGAAGCUAAUGUUGGAAUGGAUUAGAAAUGGGGCUGUUCAGCCUCUGGACCAACCCCAGGAAGAUGCUGAAGAGCAGCCAGUGUUUAAAAUUGUGCCCUGUGUACUUGAAGCUGCCAAACAAGUACGUUCUGAAAAUCCAGAAGGGCUCGAUGUUUACAUGCAUAUCUUACAGCUGCUUACCACAGUGGAUGAUGGAAUUCAAGCUAUUGUACAGUGUCCUGCUACUGGAAAAGACACUUGGAAUUUACUUUUUGACCUGGUCUGCCAUGAAUUUUGCCAAUCUGAUGAUCCACCCAUCAUACUUCAAGAACAGAAAACUGUGCUAGCCUCUGUUUAUUCAGUGUUGUCUGCCAUCUUUGCUUCACAGGCUGAACAGGAGUAUCUAAAGAUAGAAGAAGAUCUUCCUCUAAUUGACAGCUUGAUUCGUGUCUUACAAAACAUGGAACAUUGUCAGAAGAAGCCAGAGAACUCAGUAGACUCUAACACAGAAGAAACGAAAAAGUCUGAUUUAACCCAAGAUGAUUUCCACUUGAAAAUCUUAAAGGAUAUUUCAUGUGAAUUUCUUUCUAAUAUUUUUCAGGGUUUAACAAAGGAGACUGUGGCUCAGGGAGUAAAGGAGGGCCAGUUAAGCAAACAGAAGUGCUCCUGUGCAUUUAAAAACCUUCUUCCUUUUUAUAGUCCUGUGAUAGAAGACUUUCUCAAAAUUCUACAUGAAGUUGAUAAAACUCUUGCUGAUGACCUGGAGGAAAGCUUCCCAAGUUUGAAAGUUCAGACUUAAUAACUGAAUUAAGUUUCCUUUGCCCAAUAAAUGAACUUUAUUUUCUUCACUGACCGUUGAUAUUGACAUAUAGGAGAUGUUAGGUAAAGCCUUUUGGACCCUUAUUGUCUGGUGCUACACUCAUGCUCUUCUCCCUGCCCCAGUCUUACCUCACUUCCAUUUGGCAUUGGAAUCAGGAGUUUCCUCUGCCAUCAAAUCCCCACCUCCCUUUUAUGUAUGGUUUUGUGUUUAUUUGCCCUCUUCAGGUAAAGAAAACAAAAAUACAAGCUUAUCACUGAGGUUCUUUUUAGAUUGAGGAGUUGGUGAAGAUUUUCUUCAUACCUCUUAAUUUGAUUUUUAUGUGAGAAAUUUGUAUUUGUAUCCACUAAAGUACAUUCAGCUGCACUAUAGAAAACCUUAUUGUAACAACUUAAUCUGAUAGCUUUUAUGUUUCUAAUGCAAUAAGAAAUCCAGAGGUGGGCAGUCUAGACCUGAUUUAUUUGACUCAGGGAUCCUGAUUCUUUUCCUCUCCACGUGGUCUGCUGUGUAGGCCUUUGUGUUUGUAUUUAUUGUCUUGUGGUUAAGGGGGUUAUAAGACUAAAGGACAGCCCUCCAUGGCCAGAACUGUGUGGCAAGGCCAUUCCUAACUGCAUGUAUUUGAAAUCAAGUACAUACUUUUUUUUUUCUAAGAUCUGUACGAGAGAGAAAGGCAAGAAGAGAAGGGAGAUGUGAAAGGCUUUUUGAUAGUCUGUGGUGUUUGCUACAGUAUGAAAACACAUCUUAGCCAUUCUGUGACUCUUAAUUGUGUCACUUAACGUGCCAGAUUGUCAGUAACAAUUCAAAGGCAGUUUUUAGUUUAGCUUUGUUACAGUUCAGUUUUUCUUCAAAGUUGUAAGUAUGAAGAUAAAAAUUAACAUUUUGAUGAAAGUACAUUAGCAAAAUUCUCUAUUUUCAGCGUAAUUCCAGUGGUUGAAUUUCAGAAAAUGAUUUGCUUGAGUGAAUUCACAUUUUUAAAAUUAAGAUAGAGGGAGCUUAAGAACUUCUGAUUGAAUACAGACUGCUAUACAUGAUUUCCCUCACAUACUUUUAUCAUUCUUUAUAGUGCUCCUGAAUUAAAUAUAUUCAGAGAAUCAGUCAGGUACACUUAGGGAAGCAUUCAGUUUGCAUUAUUUUAGUUACUGAAAAUAGAAUUUUUAAUAAGUUUUCAGAAAAUAUCAGGAAUAACAAAGCCAGCUUUUUACCAAUCUUCAGGUUUUUUUCUGGGUUAUUUACGCUAAUGUGACUAUUAAUCUAGUGUUACUUGUGGGAUGAAGUGAGGUUAGGAUCCUCUUACUCUGCCAUCUUCCCAGCCUCCUCUGCAAAGCCAGCUCUUUAAACCUCUCUUCUGGUAUAGCCCCUUCCCAAUUUACUGCAGAAUCUUCUUGGCUCUAAAGCAUUGGCCUUGUCUCACAUUUUGUAUUUUUUCCUUAAGUGACUUUUACUGAUAAAACAAAGGAUGUAGCGUUAUUGAGAAGAGUUACACCCUUUCCAGUUUGGUGCUCGUUUUAUUAUUGAAAGUGUCCCUGUUGGAAAGAAUUGAACUAUAAAAUUAAAAUCUUACUAUUGAAACUGUAA